AUGUUGCAUCGAAGCUUCAAGCCCGCAAAGUGCAAAACAGCAUUGAAGCUCGCCGUUUCCCGCAUAAAACUUUUGAAGAAUAAGAGAGAAGCUCAAGUUAAGCAACUCAAGAGAGAGUUGGCUCAAUUGCUCGAGUCGGGUCAGGACCGAACUGCUAGAAUCCGGGUUGAACAUGUUGUCAGGGAAGAGAAGACGAUGGCAGCUUAUGAUCUUGUUGAGAUAUACUGUGAACUUAUCGCUGCACGUUUGCCCAUGAUCGAAUCACAAAAAAGCUGCCCCAUAGACUUGAAAGAAGCUGUUUCAAGUGUAAUAUUUGCAUCUCCAAGAUGUUCAGACAUACCAGAGCUCGUGGAUGUGAAGAAGCAAUUAACUUCUAAGUACGGAAAAGAAUUUGUCUCUGCAGCUGUUGAUCUACGCCCUGACUGUGGUUUGGUUGAGAAAUUGUCUGCCAAAGCACCUGAUGGUCCAACCAAGAUAAAAAUACUGGCUGCAAUUGCCGAGGAGCAUAAUAUCAAAUGGGAACCCAAGUCAUUUGAAGAAAAUGAUGUAAAGUCUUCUCAAGACCUGUUGAGUGGGCAAAGUACAUUUGAGAAGGCUGCUUAUGCUGAACCUUCUCAAAUCCACGUUCCACCUGUUCAUGAUGAAAAGGGUCCUUCUGUUGUUCGUGCUUCCUCACAAGUUAAACCAAUGAAUCAUGUUUCUACAAAUUCAUAUGAGCAGACUGCAAGUGGUGUCGCAAGAAAGGAUCCGUCAACAGCAUCAGGCAUGUCUUAUCAAGAAAUCGGAUCUUCAGGAACUGGAAGUCAAGAAACGGAUUUUCAAGUUUCAUACUCUGAUAACAGGAGUGCUUUUCCUGCGAGUAGGCAUAAGUGGAACAUGGAAUUCAAGGAUGCUGCCUCUGCUGCGCAGGCAGCUGCAGAAUCCGCAGAACGUGCUAGCAUGGCAGCAAGGGCAGCUGCAGAACUUUCAACCCGUGAAAACAUGACAAGGCAGUAUUCAAGUGGAUCCCAUAGUUCUUCUGGCAACGAGUUGAGAGAUGAAAGACCCCAAGAAUCCACUUUUCACGAUGACAAAAAUAUUUCUAGAAGUUCUGUUGAUGGUUACCUUUUUAGAAGCAGUUCUGAGACGCACAAUGAACAGAUUUCUGCCAGACAACAAAAUGAUCUGGUUGGAGCACCCGACGAAUAUUACAGGAACAGUCAUGAGAACAUGGGGAAACAUUCUCAGUCACCUUCAUUAAUGUCUGGUAGUACUUUUGGUGACAAUAAACUAUUUACUGAAGGUUCUCAAAUGGCUGAUAUAUAUCAGCAUAAAAACUCAUUUGAUCGAAAGAAUAGUGACUUACAUGAAAUGAGUAUAAGUAGACAAGCAGGUAGGAAUGAAGAAGAUUUUGUGACUGACCUUUAUGAUGACAGUGAUUUGAAUGCUGAAAACAAUUAUCACUUUGGUGAUGCAAGGACAAAUAAACCAUCUAGAAAAGCUUCCUCUUCUCAUCUCAUUACUCCAACUGAUGAUCACAAUGAUAAUUUGGACUUGAAUGGCUGGAAGACUGAGAACAAAGCUGUGAAAGACCUUUUUGUUGCUGAUGAAGCAAAAUCUCAGAAAAACUUUAUGGGAACAAGUUCUUAUAAUGAUACUUCUGUUGUAUUUGAUGAUUAUGGAUCAGAGGAUGAUGAUGGUUAUAAGUUUGAUGAUGAUAAAAAAUACAAUGGUGAAGGAUCUAGUUUGUUUGUUUCAUCCCCUGGCAGCAGAUCACAAGUUGAUUCUUGGGGCCAUGGACAAAACAUUGAAGAAAAAAUGAUAAGUUUUAGUACACAGUCACAUUUUUCUGCAGUUUCUGAAAGAUUGAAUGCGUCUUCAGUUUCUUCUGAAAAAGAAGACUUGUUGCCUGUCACUUUUGAUGAUUCAGAUGACCCAGGUUCAGAUAGCGAUAUGGAUUUGGUCAAGUCUAAGGUUUCUGGCCUGUCUGAUUAUGGAAAUUCCUCCCUUAAUCCAAUUGCAAGCAAUGGAGCUCUAGAAUCUUCAUCAAGUAAUGACAAAAAUAUGGGCACUGACAGAAAGUCUUGGUUGUCACCUUCUUCAGUUGGUUCAGAUACCGUGGAAGAGCAUUUUGAAACAAGGGAAGACACCACAACUUUGCCAAGAAAGAAUUUUGGUUAUGAUGACUUGUCAGCCAGUGUGCCGUCUACAAGGGAAAGAAGCUCUACAUCGGGUUUGGAUUUUGAGGCAAACAAUGAUACUGAAACUCUGCAGGAACUUCAUACAGAAAGUGGCAAGGAAUUAAGUUAUGGUAUCUUGAAGGGUGGUCUUCGCAACAAAGGUUUGAAGCGACCACCUUAUAUUAAGAAUACGAUGGAUGAUGUUUCAUCUUCAUUGGGGGACACUUCAAUCCAGAAUGAAAGAUCUUUGCCAACUGGGAUGACUUCAAUUGAUUUUGAUACUCCUGUUCAGGACAAGUACACGAGGGAAGUGAGCAGAGGAAACAAGACUGUGGCCUCGGAAGUGCACAACAUAUCUUCUGAUUCUGAUAGGUAUCGCUUAGUUGCAAAUUCACAGGAGACCCAUGCUAGUACUCUUGAAUCUCGUGUUCAGAAGGAGCAAAGUGAAGUAAAAAAUAAAUCAACCUCAAGGGCCUCUGUUACAUACUUUGAUUCUGAUAAUAGUGAUGUUGAAGUUGAACUUCCUAAUCAAAAUUCACCUAGUAUUGCCCGUCCUGUUAGUGGAAUAUCUCGAAGGACAUCUGCUUCUCCUAAAGCUGGUACAGGUUUAAGUUCAAGAGAUGCUCCUCUAUCCAAGGGUUCUGUCUCUCCUUCUACAACACUUGGAUGGAAAUCUUCAAGGACUUCUUAUGAGAAUAAUAAUAAUAAUAAUCAGAAUGCUUCAUCCAAGAUGAGGAGCUCUGAAAAUUGGACAGGAUCUCGGCCUAGAUCAGCCAAAAAUAAAGCAACUGAGCCAAUUUCAGAACCGAAAAGACCCUUGCAUGGGGAAAUUUUGAGAUCGCCUGAAAGGUUGCAACCUUCCAGUUCUCCUAAAACAGUGAUACAAAAUAGUAAAGAGGGCCAAGAUGAUUCUUAUGGAGAUACUUCCUCUAAUCAAAAGGUUGGGCACGUUCAUCCAAAGUUACCCGAUUAUGAUUCUUUUGCCGCGCACUUCCUUUCUCUUAAGAAGGGUCGUCAAUAA